AUGAUCUGCUAUUCUGGUGCAACUAUCCAUGAACAAAUGUGGAAAAUCUUGUAUAUAACUGAUAUGGCAAUUGAUGAAGCUGCAAUAACUUUUGCGUUUGAAAGUGUUUCAGGAAAUAUAGGAUGGGAUUCUGACACAUUACGAGAUGCUAUUGAGGAUUCAAUUACAUGGCCAGUUCGUCAAAUUAUACCCAUAUUGCCGGGGGAUUAUAGGGACCUAGAGUUAAAGCCUGUUGGAAUAUUAGAGGUGAAGCUCAUCCAAGCCAAGGAGUUACUAGACAAAGACCUCAUUGGGAAAUCAGAUCCUUAUGCUGUGGUAUUUAUACGUCCACUACGUGACCGAAUGAAAACCAGCAAAACAAUUAACAACCAAUUGAAUCCAAUCUGGAAUGAGCACUUUGAGUUCAUAGUUGAGGACGCUUCUACUCAGCACUUGACAUUAAAGAUUUAUGACGAUGAAGGUAUUGGAGCCUCUGAACUCAUUGGCUCUGCUCAAGUGCCACUGCAGGGUCUGGAGCCUGGUAAGGUGAAGGAUGUAUGGCUGAAACUGGUCAAAGACUUGCAGGUUCAUUGGGAUAAUAAAAACAGGGGUCUGGUGCAUGUGGAGCUUUUAUAUUGUCCUUAUGGAACAGAGAGUACAUUUAGAAAUCCUUUUGACCCAGACUUCAGAUUGACAUCAUUGGAGAAGGCCCUUAAAUCUGGAACAGAAGCUGCUGAUCUUAAAAAAUCUGGCUCACAAAGGAAAAGGGAUGUCAUUGUAAGAGGAGUUCUUUCUGUGACAGUGAUAUCUGCAGAGGAUUUGCCGGCUGCAGAUCUGAUGGGAAAGUCUGAUCCAUAUGUUGUACUUAUGAUGAAGAAAUCCGAACAGAAAAACAAGACUAGGGUUUUAAAUAACACUUUGAAUCCGGUUUGGAAUCAAACAUUUGACUUUGUUGUCGAGGAUGGGUUACAUGAUUUGCUAAUUUUAGAAGUCUGGGAUCAUGAUACAUUUGGAAAGGAAAAGUUAGGAAGAUGCAUUAUGACACUCACCAGGGUAUUACUAGAGGGGGAAUAUACAGACACAUUCUCCCUAGAUGUGGCUAAAAAGGGAAAGCUAAAUUUGCAUCUCAAAUGGACACCACAACUAGUACUCCGGGAACCCUGAUUACUUAGAGCCAAUGCAGCACAUUUCCAACGUACCAGAUUUCAUGUUGUAA